UUUGGUUUUGGGGUUUAGGGUUUGCGAAGUGCGAAGGGCAAAGUGCGGCAAGGAGGAGGCGAGAAGAGGCGAGAAAGGGGGCGAGGCGAGGGAAUCCAGGCGAAGCCAAAAGGUUGAAGGCUCGAAAUCUUCUAUUCCACCGAUCGCCAAUCCAACAAAGGUUGUAGAUAAUGGCAGAUGAUGCUGAUGUCGGAAAGAAAGAGGAGGAGGAGUUCAACACUGGUCCUCUAUCUGUUUUGAUGAUGAGCGUCAAGCAAAAUACUCAGGUUCUUAUUAAUUGCCGAAACAAUAGGAAGCUUCUUGGACGUGUCAGAGCCUUCGAUCGCCACUGCAACAUGGUUCUUGAAAAUGUCAGGGAGAUGUGGACCGAGGUACCAAAAACAGGGAAAGGAAAGAAGAAAGCAUUGCCUGUGAACAAAGACAGGUUCAUCAGUAAGAUGUUCCUCCGCGGCGACUCUGUUAUAAUUGUUCUUAGAAAUCCCAAGUGAGUAACAGAACGUCUUUCUUUCCAUGCUCUGUUUCUUCUGUUUGGAAAAGACUUUGUGGACGCCCGUAUAAUCUUCAUACUCUGACCUGCAUUGGGAUCUUAUCCGUCAGUGUGAUUCUCACAAAAUUUUUAUGUAAUGUGGGUUGUUUAUCUGAUUUAUGCAUAUUUUGAUGCUAAAUAUCGUAUAAUUUUAGGAAGUUUUGCAUACAUGCUACUCAUUUUUUUUUGAAUUUACAUAUCUAUCACCUAAA